AUGGCGCCCUCUUCAUCACCAGCAGCCUCCAUCAGGAGGUUACACGCCACGGCCGCACACCUGAACCCAGCCCUGGAGUCGACAGCAACAUCGUACCCGACGACACACGAGAAGAUCGCAAAGGUAGAAGACACCCCUUACUUCAUCGACAACGAGUUCCGGCCCUCCAAGGCCGAGCAGUUCAUCGACCUCUACGACCCGGCGACCAACAACCUCGUCACUCGCGUCCCGCAGAUGACGGACGCCGAGCUCGCGGCCGCUGUGGAGUCCGCCGAGAAGGCGUUCCCGGUCUGGAGGAACACGACCGUCAUCGCGAAGCAGCAGAUCAUGUUCAAGUUCGUUUCCCUCAUCAGGGAGAACUGGGACCGCCUGGCGGCCAGCAUCACGCUGGAGCAGGGCAAGACGUUCGCGGACGCCAAAGGCGACGUCCUGAGGGGGCUGCAGGUCGCCGAGGCGGCGUGCGGUGCGCCGGAGCUCCUCAAGGGCGAGGUGCUCGAGGUCGCCAAGGACAUGGAGACUAGGACGUACAGGGAGCCGCUGGGCGUCACGGCAGCGAUUUGCCCUUUCAACUUCCCAGCCAUGAUUCCGCUCUGGUGCAUCCCCAUCGCCACCAUCACGGGCAACACGCUCGUCCUAAAGCCUUCUGAGCGCGACCCUGGCGCGGCUAUGAUCCUCGCCGAGCUGGUCGAGAAGGCCGGCUUCCCUCCAGGAGUCGUCAACAUUGUCCACGGCGCCCACCGUACCGUCAACUACAUCCUGGACCACCCGGCCAUCAAGGCCAUCUCGUUCGUCGGCGGCAACAAGGCCGGUGAGUACAUCUUCAGCCGGGGCUCAGCGAACGGCAAGCGAGUCCAGGCCAACCUGGGCGCAAAGAACCACGCAGCGGUGCUGCCCGACUGCAACAAGAACCAGUUCCUCAACGCGGUCGUGGGUGCCGCGUUCGGCGCCGCGGGCCAGCGCUGCAUGGCCCUCUCGACGCUGGUCAUGGUCGGCGAGACCAAGGAGUGGCUGCCGGAGCUGGCCGAGCGCGCCAAGGCGCUGAGCGUCAACGGCGGGUUCGAGGAGGGCGCGGACCUGGGCCCCGUGAUCUCGCCCGAGAGCAAGGCGCGCAUCGAGGGCCUGAUCGACAGCGCCGAGAAGGAGGGCGCCAAGAUCCUGCUGGACGGCAGGGGUUACAAGCCGGCCAAGUACCCGAACGGCAACUGGGUGGGUCCGACCAUCAUCACGGACGUUACUCCCGACAUGAAGUGCUACCGCGAGGAGAUCUUCGGCCCGGCGCUGGUAUGCCUCAACGUGGAGACGCUGGACGACGCCGUGGACCUGAUCAACGCCAACGAGUACGGCAACGGCGUGGCCAUUUUCACGCGCAGCGGGCCCACGGCCGAGACGUUCCGGCGCAGCAUCGAGGCCGGCCAGGUCGGCAUCAACGUGCCCAUCCCCGUGCCCCUGCCCAUGUUCUCCUUCACGGGCAACAAGAGGUCCGUCGCCGGCGGCGGCGUCAGCACCUUCUACGGCAAGCCGGGCGUCAACUUCUACACACAGCUCAAGACGGUCACGGCGCUCUGGCAGGCGGGCGACGCGGUCAGCAAGAAGGCCGACGUUGCUAUGCCUACGCACAGCUAG